AUGAGAACAUUAAUAAGGAUCGAUAAGAACAUCCACUGUAGCAAGCGCGUUCUUUCAAUUUCCCAGAACCGGAUUUGCCGAUUUGUAGAUAUUUUUGUUUUGUUGCAAAACAAUAAAGGAAACGAAUUACAAUUUGUGGUCAUUCUUGACGAGAUGUUGUCUACCAAUGAUGAUAAGUGA